AGUUUGUUUCGCGUAAUUUUUCUGGUUUUCAUGGCUGCAAAAUGCAGAACUCCAAGGCCAAAAUGGACGAAUUUAAGACCAGGUUCAUGGACAUGCUGCACAAACAGACGAAUCGACAAAUGAAAAUUCCAGCAAUGGGAUUUUCCGAUUAUUUCAUACAGACCGUCACAACGGAUGCGUUGCCCAGCACAACAGCAGCAGCAGCAGCGGUGGCGGCAGCAGAGAGUGCAGAUGCGGAUGCUAAAGAUGCUGCAGCGGCCGCACAAAAAUCGGAUCAGGAAAUUUUGGAGAGCAUUGAAAAGUGCUACUACAGCGCCGACAGCAAUCCGGAGCUAUACGAGCUUAAGAAAGUCCUCGGCGCUGGCAUUGACAACCAGUUAAUUGAGACGACCAUCGCUCAGCUGCGCACACAGCAAAAGGUGCUGACCAAGCAGGUGCUCCAGAACAUAUUGGAGCAACGCAAUGCAUGCAGUAGCGAGUUUCAGGCCAUCAAUGAGACCCAAAAGAAGCUAGAGGAAUCGCUCUGGACAUGUCAAAAGGCGCGCUCUUACUUGAAUUACGCACGUACAAAUUUAACAACGAACAGCUUAGAGAUCCUAGCAAGCUAUCGCAAGCGAGAAGUGCUCAAGGAAGUGCUAGACACACUUAUGGCCAUUAAAAAGUUGCGCACCACAGAUGAGGAGCUGCAAAAGCUGCUGGCUGACCACAACUAUUCUGCAGCUAUAGCGCUGUUGUUGCAGUGCCAGAGCUCCGCUGCGGGAUUCAUGCAAUAUAAUUGUGUGCAGUCGCUGCACAAAAAGCUGCAGGAGACCAUGCUGUUGAUGGAGUAUCAGCUGGAUACCGUGCUGAACGAAAUGGUGCUAAAUUUUGACAUGCGCAAAUAUGCAAAGCUGCAGGAGGCUUAUAAGCUAGCCAACAAGUCACUGAUUGCCAUGGAUCAGUUGCACAUCAACUACAUCUCAGCGGUACACUCCACGGUGAAUGCGGUGGUGCGUGGCUACAGUGAGCCCAAUGCCGAGGAGCAACCUAAGCUGCUUUAUGAGCAACUAUGCGAGCAACUCAAUUCAGAUAAACUUAUACCCUGUCUGAUUAGCUUGUGCAAGACUUUCUGGACCAUACUAGCGUCUUACUACCAGGUGGUCAUGUGGCACAACAACUACAAGCUGUAUGCACAGCAGGAGGAAACUGAUGGCGAGUCACCCGAUCUUUAUAUACAGCAAAAACUAAAGAAGGGCCAGUCUCGCAUCUGGAACGAUAUACUGAACAAAGUUUGCCUGUUUCUGCAGAGUGCUAAGCUGACAACGCUCAAGUAUGAUCAGUUCAUACAGGUACUGUCCAUAGUGCAGCGCCUGAAAAAGGUGGGCGUAGAGUUUUGCGGUGAGCAGUCGGAGAAGCUAAUUGCGACCAUGCAGCAGCAGAGCGAGGAGUUUUUCAAACGCUAUCACACUUGUUGCGUCGAGGAGAUUUGCUUGUUCUUGGACAAUGAGUCCUGGACACCGCUGGACUCGUUUUCGCACAUAUUGCAGUUGCCGGAAUUCCGUUCGGUGCGACACACGCUACGUCGUCACAAAUCCCCAACGACAGCGCUGCUAGCCUCGGCCAAUAAUUCGCCCAUUAGCAAUAACAACUGUGACGAGUUGGUCUCUGUGCACUCACAGGAUGGCGGCGGCAGUUCCAUUUAUGGUUCCUAUGGCUACUUUUUGCGUUUUUCGGAGAAGAGUUCGCCCUUUGAUGGUGGCCUCGAUGCUGCCAUGCUAGAGGAGGACAUACUGUCGGGCAUUGUAGAUGAGGCCUCUUGCUAUUUUAGCGAAGAAAGCGACGACGAGCAAAAGAGUCUACAGAGCAAAGAGUUUGCCGAUGAUGCCUCCAAUCAACUACUUGUUAACAACACAGCCUUAAAUGUGCUGCGUUGUAUUGGGCGCUACCUGCAAAUGUGCAAGCUGCUGCACUGCAUCUCACCCAGGAUAGUAUCGUGCAUGCUGGAGCUGCUUGAUUUUUAUGCGUAUGCAGUGCAUGAGAUAUUCGGCAGGGAUGCUCUGGUGGCCACUGAUAAUCUCUAUACCCCACGUCUGGAGCAGCGUCUGCGCGCAGUGGAGACCAAUGUGCUUACUCAGAUAAAAGUUUGGCCACUGAACUUUUCAUCAUUGACCAACAAUGAGCUGGCUAAUCCGGACACGCUGUACGGUCUAACACAACGCAUUGUGGCCGUUGAGGCUGGACGUAGUAUGUUUCAGCAAUUUAAUGUGCUUCAGCAUUACUUGAAUCAUCUAUUACCUGCUGCCGAGCGGUCAAUUUUAACUAAUUAUCUCGAAUAUGGUGAAUUUAUGGCUGAUCUGGCCAAACCAGUUUACACAUGCGUCACAUCUCGCGUCAUUGAUCUGACGGGCAUACUGGCGCAAAUGGCGAAGGUCAAGUGGGAUGUGAAUCAUGUAACGCAUCAGCAUAGCAGCUACAGUGAUGUCUUAAACCGCAACAUACAGAGCUUUGCCAUGUGCCUGGAGGAAAUAGCGAAGGAGGUGCCGAUACCUGGCAAACAUGUGUGGAACUCAAUGGCGCAUGUGGCCACACAUUUGUUGGUAGAGGGCUUCUCGAAUGUAAAGAAAUGUUCCGCUGGUGGACGUGCACUAAUGCAAUUGGAUUUUGCUAAUUUUAUGUCGUUUCUUGAAUUAAUCUCGAAUCAAAAGUAUCCGCAACAUCGCGCUUACGUGGAUGUCUUCAUCAAGUCCUAUUACUUCUCGCCGGAACAGUUCGAAAACUGGAUUGAACAGCAACGACAGGGCGGUGAAUAUUCUGCAAAACAAUUGACGAAUCUGAUACAAUGCAUUUGUGUCAGCGAUAAGCGCACACGACAGAGGCUGCUGCAGCUGCUGGAGGGCGUGGCAUCAAGUGUUACGCCCACCACAACGCCGCACAAGAAUAACUAUAGCUCAGGCUCGAAUCUGAGCAAUGUUAUUUAAAUUAAUAUUUUCUCUCUCAUUUUAUAUUUCAUAUUUAUUUUGUUAUAGUCGUAACCAUUUGCUAACUAUUUGGUCGAACCUUUGUUAGUAGCUGAAUUUUGUCGAUGUUCUAUAUCUAAUUGUAUUUAGAUUAUACAUUCCGUUUAGUGCAAAUUGAUUAACAUUAAGUGUAAGUUGAUUGUAUUUAGUAACAUAAGCGAGAUCCAUGAUGUACUUCGUUUCGAAUCUGUGAAUAACGUGAAAUCUCUAUUUAAAUGCUACACGCUCUCUACUUUUAGACAUGGCACAAAUUUAUUAUUCUUAAUUUUUUGUAAUUGGGUUUAUCAUUCACAUGACUUAAGUACCUAGAGAAAGCAUAUACACAUACAUAUAUAUCGAAAAAUAGAGAUAAACAAAACUAAUAUAUUUAUUUUUAUACCCGAUUGUAAUAUUUAUUUGCGAAACGGACAAAUAAUUGUAAUUAACCGCGAUUAAACAUAUACUUAAAAACCGCAAUUUACCCGAUUUGUGGGUUACUAACAUACACUUUAACACCUAGUGGUAUACGGAUCUGUAAUUACUUAAAAACAACUAAUAAAUAAUACAUAUUUUGAGAUAUGCAUAUUAAAAGGA